GAGCGUGAGGAUUGAUCAGCAGGUCCCUGCUGAGCUGCUUGUAUGUAGCACGGCAGCAUCCACACCAUGCUCCCUGCACCUUAACACUGUCCCCCAGCCUACCUUUUUAUCACAACUGCAUAAUAUAUUCUAUUUUUAUAAAAAGGGGAGGGUGCUUUGUUUUUCAUUUGGUUGUGUUUUUUUUUUCUUUUUCUUUUUCUUUUUAAUUCAUUCAUUAGAUCCAGUCUCCAGAGCUCUGCAUCAAGACAGGAUAUAUACGACAAGGUCCAGCAGACAGAGAGAAAAGCAGGUCUUUAUUGAUGGUGAGGACCAAAAGGAUUUCAGUUGGGCGUCACAAGAACGGACAGGUUUAUCCAGCAAGAGAGGGGGGGAGAAGAAGCAAAGACAGCCAUCCCCCCCUCUUCGUCCCCAGCCCUCCUCCCCCCUUUUCUCUUGAGGAUUUUCCUUGCAUCUGGAUCCCCGUGGAAAGAGAGAGGGAAAGAUGACCACGGUUGGGAAAGAUGGUGGUGGAACACCGCACAUGCAGUAUGUUGGCCCAUACCGGCUGGAGAAAACACUGGGAAAGGGGCAGACAGGUCUUGUGAAACUUGGGGUCCACUGCGUCACUUGUCAAAAGGUCGCCAUCAAAAUUGUCAACCGAGAGAAGCUUAGUGAGUCUGUGUUAAUGAAGGUGGAACGUGAAAUUGCUAUACUCAAACUUAUUGAACAUCCGCAUGUUUUAAAGUUACAUGAUGUAUAUGAGAACAAGAAAUACCUGUACUUGGUACUUGAGCACGUAUCUGGUGGGGAACUUUUUGACUACCUGGUGAAGAAAGGACGUUUAACCCCAAAGGAAGCUCGAAAAUUCUUCCGGCAGAUUAUUUCGGCGUUGGAUUUCUGUCACAGUCACUCCAUCUGUCACAGAGAUCUAAAGCCUGAGAAUCUUCUUCUGGAUGAGAGGAAUAAUAUCCGAAUAGCAGAUUUUGGGAUGGCCUCUCUGCAGGUCGGAGACAGCCUGCUGGAGACCAGCUGUGGGUCUCCUCACUACGCCUGCCCAGAGGUGAUCAGGGGCGAAAAAUAUGACGGCAGAAAGGCGGACAUCUGGAGCUGUGGAGUCAUCUUGUUCGCGUUACUUGUGGGCGCGCUCCCAUUUGAUGAUGACAACCUUAGGCAGCUUCUAGAGAAGGUGAAACGAGGGGUCUUCCACAUGCCACAUUUUAUUCCCCCAGACUGUCAGAACCUCCUCUGCGGGAUGAUCGAGGUGGAACCAUUAAAGAGACUGACGUUAGAAACCAUACAGAAGCACACCUGGUACAUUGGGGGUAAGAAUGAACCGGAGCCAGAGCAGGCUGUCCCUAGGAAAGUACAGAUGGGGUCUUUGCCAUCGCUGGAGGAUGUGGACCCCGAUGUAUUGGAUAGUAUGCACUCCUUAGGAUGCUUUAGAGACCGCAACAAAUUACUGCAAGACCUGUUGUCUGAAGAGGAAAACCAGGAGAAGAUGAUCUAUUUCUUGUUACUAGACCGGAAGGAGAGGUAUCCUAGCCAAGAAGAUGAAGAUCUCCCUCCAAGGGCAGAUAUUGACCCCCCUAGAAAACGGGUGGACUCACCCAUGCUGACCCGUCAUGGGAAGAGGAGGCCAGAGAGAAAAUCGAUGGAGGUUCUGAGUGGAACAGAUGGCGGGUCACCAGUGCCAGCUCGCAGGGCUAUUGAAAUGGCACAGCAUGGGCAAAGGUCGCGAUCUAUCAGUGGUGCUUCAUCAGGACUUUCCACCAGUCCUAUCAGUAGUCCCAGGCCUAUAAGGAGGUUUUUUGCCCUUACCCAGCCCUCUACCCCAUCUUCUUCUCCUCACCCAACACCUACUAGCUCUGAUUCUUCAGUGAAUAAUGAUUGCCCUCUAGUUCAUCCCAAAACCCACACCUUCCCACCCAAGCCCAGAACUUCUGAGAAACCCCUUCAGACUACCAGAUCCAACCCUCUUCCUGCUACCAAUUCCUCUGUUUCCUCGCGAGCUCCAAACUCUCCCGCUGGGCAUAAUGCGUGCCGAACAGCAACAAAAUUGCCCGCGUCUGAUCUGGCCCCCAAAUCUGUACCCCUUAUACAGGUUACCCCUCAUCCGUCACCCCGUGGCAGCCCCCUCCCUACUCCCAAGGGAACGCCUGUACACACGCCCAAGGAAAGUCCAGCGGGCACCCCUUCCCCCACCCCUCCAUCCAGCCCCAGCAUUGGUGGGAUGCCCUGGAGGACAAGGCUGAACUCUAUCAAGAAUAAUUUCCUGGGGUCACCAAGAUUCCACCGUCGCAAACUGCAAGUUCCUACAGCUGAUGAAAUGACCAACCUGACACCGGAAUCAUCCCCAGAAUUGGCCAAAAAGUCUUGGUUUGGUAACUUUCUCACUCUGGAGAAGGAGGAUCAGAUCUUCGUGGUCAUUAAAGACAAGCCUUUAAGUUCCAUUAAAGCUGAUAUAGUACAAGCCUUUCUCUCGAUCCCAAGUCUCAGUCACAGUGUGAUCUCACAGACCAGUUUCCGAGCAGAGUACAAGUCCACAGGGGGUCCCUCUGUCUUCCAGAAGCCGGUGAAGUUUCAAGUGGACAUUACAUAUACGGAAAGUGGGGAGAAGCAGAAGGACUGCGGGAUAUACUCUGUCACUUUUACUCUGCUAUCAGGUCCCAGCAGGAGGUUUAAACGGGUUGUGGAGACAAUUCAGACUCAGCUUCUGAGCUCCCAUGAGCAGCCGUCUGUACUGCAGCUUUCAGACCCCAAUAACUGUAUGGAGUAUCUCAGUGGGAAGCUCUCAAAAUGUGGCCGCCCAAUCAGUAACUUCUUUGACGUACUUAAACAACUUUUUUCAGACGAGAAGAAUGGUCACGCUUCUCCUGCCCCUGGGCCCCUCAGCAAGCAGCGUCCGACUGAUAAUAAGGAGCAGGGGGCCUUGGGAGCCAGCGGGAAGGAGAGAGCCAGGAAAACCAGCCCCGUCAUCACUCAGGAGACCCCCGUCCCUGCUUCCCCCAGCAAACAGGGCACAUAACAGAGGAAAUUCCUACUGUGACCUCAGGAUGUCACUAAAGUCCAGUGAUACACAGGGAGUAUACCCUGUCAUUUUCUCAGUGAACACAGGGGGGCAGUGUCACAGAGUGAUGCUAUAGGAAAUGAGUCCUGUAAGACACUCUAUGAGGACAUCAUUUAAGUGUUUCUCAGCAUUAAUCAUUAAGGACCUGGAGAAUCUAGAACAUGAAAAUGUGUACACGAUAUAUACCUGUAGUACGCACAGGGACAUUGUGUGACCAUUUCCCACUGGUAUGCCAUGAAAACGUACACCAGAGAAAGGCAAUAUGUGGCUCUCCAUCUGUUGUGGAACUAUAGGUCUAAGCAUUCCCAGCUGUUGAGGGACUAUAAGUGGCAGCACAGAUAGGGCAAUCAUAGACUUAUCGUACCACAACACCUGUAAGAGUUGCUGGUUGCCUUACCCUGAUGUACUGCUUUAGGCGUCAUUGCCUUUAAGAAUCGGACCUGCAAUGUAUCUAGUGACCACAGGUUGGAAUCAUCAGGACGUUGUUACUUUCCCGUAGGCGUAAUCCCAGUCACUUCCACGCCAUCAUCUUCAUUGUAAAUCCAACUGCACAAAACAGCUCUGAGAUAUGGGUUCUCCUCCAUCCACUCCGUUCUACCAGACUGUACAUAGGCUCAGGAUAUGAGAUCUGGAUUUAUCUUAAAUAUAUAUAUAUUCUGCUUUGUAAAUACAUAUAUAAGUGUGUAUAUAUUCUAGCACACCCAUGUAACUGCAGUAUUAGUACUAGUUAUAAGUGCAUAAUUUUUAUAGACAGGACAGGUCUGAAUGUUUGUGUAUAUAUGGCUAUAAAUAUGUAUAUAGAGAGCUCGGAGCACAAUCGUUACUGGCUGCAGCCUGCUUGGUUUCACCUUCCCAAAUUAAUGAUUUUUUCCUUUCUGUCGUACAUGUUUGUUUUCCAUUUCAUCUCUGUUCUCCUGUUUUCUUCAUCACCAUUAUUUAUCCUGCCUGUUCCUAUUUUUUAUUAUUGCCUUCUCCAAUCAAUUCCCACCAAUCGUCAACUUUUGCUUUCUCUCCAUAUUUUUUCUCUCUCUCUCUCGCAUGUGUGUUCUCCCUCACUUUACCCCCAGGAAUUAUCCCAAAAAGCUAACCAGCCGCCCUUCAUCUCCUCCUUUUCUUGUCCGCCUGGCCAGAAGAUGACCCUGACUCAACCCUUCGCCUGCCAUCCAGCUGGGAGCUUGCAGCAGGGGUAUCGCCAUUCUUGAGAUGGGCAAUAAGGCACACAGGAGUUGGGUUACCAUCAAGUAGUAAUACUAUCGAACUUGAAUGUGGAGUUCACACGGGUGAUUAUCUCACAGGAUACAACACAGAGCUCUCCUGUCAUUUCCUUCUUGGUAACCCUACUCCUGAAAUCCUGCUUCGCUGCACCACCUAAGAAAUCUAGGAUCGUACUGUAAUGCCUACGCUUGUGUGUAGCUUUUCAGGCAGGAAAGGGGUCAAUAGAUUAUAUUAAGGGUUUUUAAUGCUGAAUGUAUUUAAGGGGUAAUUAUGUUUACACACAAACACACAUAUAACACACCGCUACAUCCAGAGAGGGUUAAUAGAGGAGCUGUGUUCUGUACUGAACAAAAUUUAGGGCAGUGCCCUAGUAUUCUGCUCUUCAUCAUCUUGUGAGGGUGGGGAAUGUGGUCUGGGGCUGUACACAAGGGCGGGUUGGCAUGUCCUGUUGCAUAAUGUGAAAUAUUGGGGCUAUUUUUAUAAGGUUUGUAAGUUUAGGGGAUGGGUGUUAAUCCUUUGUGUUUAAAUUAUUAACUGCUAACUGCAAGAUUGGCCUGUGGAUCAGUACUGUGCACGGAAGGUGGAGACGUGCAAUGCCCAGCUGCACACAAGCAUUGCAACUAGUGUUUACAUAUGUUCUUAUUACGUGUAUAUUCACAAGCACACAGAGCCCUGCAGGAGGUUUACAUGCAGGAGUCAGUGAGAUGCCCAAGUUUGUGGUUAUAUGCGUGGCAGGGCCAUCUUUAUGCAUAGGCACAAUGGGCAGCUGCCCAGGGAACCACAAUUCUAGGGGCCUCUGAGCAGGGGUGGGUGGUGCUCACAAACAUUACGGCAAGGCAGAAUUCUCUACCUCAGUGGUUCUCAACCGCGGUCCUCAAGUACUCCCAACAGUUCAUGUUUUCCAGGUCUCCUCAGAGGAUUGCAAGUGAAAUAAUUUGCUCUACCAGUUGGUUUUUUAAAAUGGGUCAGUGAGUAAUGAAUACACCUGUUCAACUACUAGGUGACCUGGAAAACAUGAACUGUUGGGGGUACUUGAGGACCAAGGUUGAGAACCACUGCUCUGUCUCCCAGCCGGUAACAACCGGUGAAUGGCUGUUAGCAUACUGAUUGGUGGAUGGCUGGAGCUAUCCACCAAUCAGAGUGCUGACAGCCAUUCACUGUAUGGAAGCAUGUGGGGAGAUGGCAUAGGUCUGCAGGAGGGGCAAGUUAUAAUUUAUUAUUUGUUCCCAUGAAUGGGCCUGUAGGUGCCGCAGUGCUUUGCUCUGCCCAGGGACAACUAAGCUGUAACGUCAGCCCUAACUUGUGGCACGAUGCCCAUUUCCUUACAAAAUUAAAGUGAUCCUUUCUUUAUAAUGCCAUUCAAAAGGUAACAAGAAGCUUAAAAUGGACCUCUCACUUGUAACACAAAGAGGGUAGUUAUGUGGGCUGAAAACAGCAACACACUAUGCACUAGUGACACGGUCACAACGCAUUCCGUUGCUUAUGCCUCAGUGGUGACUUGGUGGUAGGGAGUUGGUGAAAUACAGACUGCCACAACCUACAGACUAGCUUCUUCCAACUGUGUACAUGCAACAUUUUCACUUUAAAAGUGCAACACAUAUCAAAUUCGGGAUUUUUAUAUCCUGUGUUUAUUAUUUUUAUUUAUUUGUUGGUUUUCAAAAUGCUUUUUUUUUUAUUUUUCUAAGGCGUUCUGUUUCUAAUUCCAGAUCAACUCUUGUUUUUAUUUGUUAAGAUUCUAUUGGGGAUAGCGAAGGAGUGACAGUAUGAGCCACAAAAAGAAAAGAACAAACCUUGAUUAGGGCAUUUAUAGCCAAUCAUGUGACUUACGUCACAGACAAAUGUACGGAAGCCUCCCAAAGGCAAAAUCACUUUUCCCAAACCAGUACAGCUGUAACAAAUAAAAUAUUAGUCAUAAUAAGGCGUUUUCUCAGGUAACCGGCUUUGUUUUCUAGCUAUGGUCCUCCUGCUCACCCAACAGGUCAAGUUUUCAGGAUUUCUUUAAUCAUGCACAGGUGACAGUCUACUUGGCUGGAUCUGUAAUAACUAUUUACACAGUCAAAUUCUUGGACGCAUGACCUCUUGGGGGGGGGGGGGGGGGUGUGAGGACAGGCAUUAAGAAAUGGUGAUUAUGGUAAAUAUUUCAUAACAGAUCCCAAGCACGUGGAGGCUACCCAGAAACACAUCUUUGCCAAAUGCAGGAAGCUCACUAUAAAUGUGUAUCAUUAAAGCUGGGGACACACUAGAAAGGUAUAUCAUUUGUUUUCGAGCGACGAACGAUAUAUCUGUAGUGCAUCCGUGGGUGUGUACACCUGAUAUGUCUGUGAACGAUGUUCACGAAAAUCUGGUAAUGUAUGGAAGCAAAUGACAACCAAUCUUUUACUCUCAAAAUCCGGAAAACAGACAAAAAUGGUCAUUCAGACAAAUUGGUUAAAUCUGUUUGAUUUAACCAAUUGAUCCGAACAACCGUUUUUGUCAGUUUUCUAGAUUUUGAGAGUAAAUGAUCGAUUGUCAUUUGCUCCCAGACAUUACCAGAUUUUCUUUCCAACCAGUCAGAUUGGAUAAUUUUAUAGUGUGUAUCCAAGACAUAUCAGGUUAGCACAGAUAUAAUGGCAUGUCUGGCUGUGUGUCCUAUAUGGCGGUGGUAGGAAGUGCCAACAAUGACGUCACAGCUGGGCAAGCAAAUUCAAAUGCCCGCCCAGUUGUGAUGUCUGACUCGACAUAUCAAGCACCCGAUUGGGGAGUGUGUAUACUAAACACAACGGCCCCUCUGAAUAGUGUACACUCAGCAUUGAUUUGCAAACUUGGUCUGCACAAAAUGCCAGAAUUUGGCAGAUAUAACAAAAUCAAACAACAUUUAUGGACCCAGUGUGAAUUGUACUGAACUUGAAUGUACAUAAUGCUGGUCCUCAUGGGAGUACUUACUUGCAGACUGGCAGAAGCUACAGAAAGGCCCCAUAACAGGUAGACUAAUGCUCACUAAAGUGAGAUAUCCAAUCAGAAAUGAGUAUGACUUGAUCUAUAGUGCUCCUAUGAUUCCCUACCAGACAGGGUCUGGCAUUGUAUCAUGGGAACAGUAUCGGAGAUUGUAGACUGCACAGUAACUCCAUUCACCAGCGUCAGCAUCCGUACAACCUAUUUAUACUACAUUUACAAAUACAGCAAAACUUAAAAUAACCUCUCCUUCAAGUAACCCCCAGGGCUCUGCACAGUGCAUGUAUAUACAAAAUAUUGCAAUGCUUAGAAGGUAUGGUAUACAGAUGCAUGUUAUGGUUUGCAGCCUGUAUACAUACCACACAGGGCUCUGCAUCCAAUAUAUGCAGCACAAUGCUCCGCAGGCCUUUCGCACAGUGUGUGGUGUGAAAGUCUCUGUUAUUUAUAAAUACAAUAUAAAUAUAUAUAUUUAAGCUAUUAGCUGUACAAUGAUCAAGUUUGCUAUGAAUGAUUCUGUUGGUAUGUAAAUAAUCUGAGAAUAUGUCCUGCGAAUGGGAGAGACAGCACAAUACAUAUUUAUGGUACAGCAGGAGAACACACUUACCGCCAUCUUAACUCAACUAAAGAGUCUUCAACAACAACAACAAGGCCUCAGUCUAUGAAACUACUCACUAACUCCCCCUUGUCCCCACGUUUAUAAUAUCUACCCCAUUUGUUCUACAUCUGUCUGAGGCAAAUGAAGAUCGGAGGGUAUUAUCCACAAAGAGGUGCUGAAUUAUUGGGGCAGGAGAGACGUAAUGGCAAGGCACUGGUCUUCUGGUAACUCAUUCUGCCGGCUUCCUGAGCAUUAAUGCCAAUGUUCUGUUGCCCUCCUGCCUUUUUACACUUGCACAUUUUACAGUAUUACACCACACUGCCGGAAACCAGGCGUGCAUGGCUCUGCGGCAGGAGUGGCUGGUGGUAGGCACCUGGACAGCAAUAUUCCCCUUGUGUGUUUUGUAAAGCCAACGGGCGCACACUGCGGCAUGUUACUCACCCGCAAUGGCGUUCAAAGAACAAAAAAAAAAAAAAUUAUGAACGUCAGAAAACAGCCAAUAAAAUUGUUCAGUAUGUACACAA